AUGGAAGAUGUCACUUGUUUCUCUUGUGGUAUGAAAGGCCAUUAUGCAUCGUCAUGUCCAAACAAGCCAAUCCCUGCGACCCCUCUCGCGAUCCGAGCUCCUCUUAGUUGUCCAGCAAUUGAGCCAGCACCAAAGAAGCAAAACCUAGGAGGAACCAUACAUGUUUCUGGCAAACCCACACAUGUAUUGUUCGACUCGGGGGCAACACAUAGUUUUGUGACCCCUGAAGUAGCUGCCCGGUUUUGGGAUUCUUCUGUGGUUGACAGGAUAAAUGUGGCAGUCUUGACCCCCGCAGACCGAAUCCUUCAAGCAAAUCAGUGUAUCAAGAAUGUUCCAUUGGUCAUUCAAGGCAAAGAGUUUGUGGCAGAUCUGUUAGUCGUGCCUUUGGAAGGGUACGAAAUAAUCCUUGGAAUAGAUUGGUUAUCGAGCUAUGGAGUUCAGAUCGACUGUGGAAGGGGAAUGAUGUUGUUUGGCAGAAGUAAACGACCAGAGAUGGUAUACUAUGGAAUCAGUCCUAGUAUGACCGUGUCUUUGGUAGCAACAAUGAGAGUACAAGAUUUUUUUCAAGACGGGGAAGUGUAUUUGGCAACUUUAUCGGUUAGUGGAGGAGCCACUAAUGUUGAAGUUAAGGUCGAAGGCAUAAAAGUGGUCCAUGAGUUUGAGGAUAUCUUUGCACCGCUAAAGGAAUUACCUCCACCUCAGAGUAAUCUCUUUACCGUUACUUUGGCGCCUGAAGCAAAACCUAUAGCUAAGGCACCGUAUCGGAUGACACCUGCAGAGUUGGCUGAGCUCAAGAAACAGUUGGAGGAUCUUUUGGAAAAGGGAUUCUUCUGA